AUGCCUGCCGCCUCAUCGAAACGCAUCAGAGGCCUCAAGGUCACGCGUCAUUUCAUCAUCGGCAACGAGGCGCAUUUCCUCCCGCACCCAGACUACCCCGAUCCGCCCCCAGAUGGACACACGAAAGGCUGGAAAGUCUACAUUCGCCCACUUCCAAAUGGACCCGAUGUCACAACAUGGCUGAAGAAGGUGCAAUUCAAGCUGCAUAACACGUACGCCGAACCAAGCCGCACGAUCGAAGCGCCGGGCCCAUUUGAGGUGAAAGAGACGGGUUACGGCGAGUUCAUAGUAGAGCUACGCUUGUACUUUGCACCCGAGUCGAUUGAAAAAGCGGUCUACAGAGAUCACAUACUAGUGCUACAGCCAUAUGGUAGCGAAGAACAACAAGAGCGGCAAAAGCGCGAAAACAAAAUCGUUGCGGAAAAGCUUGAAACGAUCGAGUUCAACGACCCUACUGCAGACUUCUUCAAAUCCCUCACGGCUGAGGAGCAGUUCAACUGGCUGAAGGUCAAGAAGGGAAGAGGGAAGGGGAAGAAG